CCCCAGCGCGCGCGAGGCCAGCGAAAAGGGCCCGCCGCACGUGAACCUCCAUCGUGAUGCCUUGCUGGAAAGAUUCUAUUUAUACACGUUGACCCAUGCGCCCUGAACUGGCACUCGCGUCAACCACCUGGGGCUCUGGAGAACCCCCAAGCACAAGCAGCCCAGCGGCAGCGGCAAUGGAUGUAGAGGCUUCAGCAGAGCAGCCUCUGCUUAGGGGCGACGAGGCGCGCAAGCGCCCCAACUCGUUGCGCUGUGGAGUGGUGGCAUGGGCCGUAUUCGCCGCUGUGCUCGUGUUUCUCAUUGUCAUGACUGCCACCUUCGCCGGACGUGGUGGCGGCAGCAGCGGCAGCAGUAGCUCCGGCAAGCCCACAUUUGCGGUGCCACCCGGCGCCAUCGUGGGGUGCACGGACUCGGAGCUGCUGUGCCUCAUCGCGCGGCCAGUGCCGGGGCCGGACGCGGACUACCGGGGACACCCGCGCAAGGUCCGCGGCUCCAAGGGCCUUGUGGCUACGGACCAGAGCCGCUGUGCCGACAUCGGGGCGGAGGUGCUGCAGGAGGGCGGCCACGCUGUGGAUGCGGCGGUGGCGGCGGCGCUGUGUCAGGGCGUGGUGAACCCCUUCGCCAGCGGCGCCGGCGGCGGCUUCUUCGCGCUGCUGCGCGACGGCGCCAGCGGGGCGGCGGAGUUUGUGAACGCGCGGGAGGUGGCGCCGGCGGCGGCAUACGCGGACAUGUACAGCGGCAAGCCCGCGGGGGCCUCGCUGGAGGGCGGGCUGGCGGUGGCUGUGCCCAUGGAGCUCAAGGGUCUGGAGGCCAUGUGGCGGCGGCACGGGCGGCUGCCCUGGCGGCGGCUGGUGGCGCCCGCCGCUGCCAUCGCGCGGCACGGCUUCGCGGCACACCCCUACUACACCUACAGCGCCAGCGGGCCCGGCAACCUCAAGAAACUGAGGGCCUCGGCGCUGGCCCGUGAGGCGUUCCUGGUGCUCGAUGCCGCCGCCGCCGCCAACGCCUCCGCGCUGGCCUCGGGCGAGGCGUGGCGGGCGCCGGAGGUGGGCGAGCUCUGCUGCGCGCGGCCGCGGCUGGCAGACACCCUGGAGGCGGUGGGGCGGUACGGUGUGUCAUGGCUGUACUCGCCCGCCCGGGCCGAGGUGCUGGCGGCGGAGGUGCGGGCGGCGGGCGGCAUCAUGACCGCGGCAGACAUACUGGCCGCUGAGCCACGCAUCCAGCCACCGCUGUCGUACACCCUCCCUGGGCCCGUGCCGUACACACUGCUCGUACCGCCGCCGCCGUCCUCCGGCCCCGUGCUGUACCUCGCGCUGUCCGUGCUGCUCGGCUACCUCAACAGCAGCAGCAAUGGUGCUGCUACAGCCAACGCCACGGCGGCUGCUACUGCCGCCUGGGCGGCGGCUAUGGGGGGCUUGCCGGAGCUUGCGACACACCGCACGGUGGAGGCCAUGAAGCACGCCUUCGCGGUGCGCAUGGCUCUGGGCGACCCCGGCCCCGACCCCGCCGCGCCGCCGCCGCCCGGCUCCCCCUAUGUGGACGUGCGGGAGGUGAUGGCGGACAUCGCGGACCCGGCCUUUGCGGCGGAGCUGAGGGCGGCCAUCAACGACAGCUCCGUCCUGGACCUGGCCAACUACGGAGGCCGCUGGAACCCCAAGCGCACGGGCGUGAGCCCCGACGACCACGGCACCAGCCACCUGUCGGUGCUGGACGGCGAGGGCAACGCCGUGUCGCUCACCACCACCGUCAACACCGGCUUCGGCAGCGGGCUGGUGUCGCGCUCCACUGGCCUGCUGCUGAACAACGAGAUGGACGACUUCAGCCAGCCCGGCGCGCCCAACAAGUACAACCUGGAGCCGGCGGUCGCCAACUACAUUGCGCCCGGCAAGCAGCCUCUGUCCUCCAUGGCCCCCGCACUGCUGCUGGCGCCGCCACCUGCUGCUGCUGCUACUGCCACUGCUGCCGCUGCUGCUGCUGCUACUGCCGGCGGCGGCCAACAGCAGCAGCAGCAGCAGCAGUUGCGGCUGGUGGUGGGUGCGAGCAAUGGGCCGCGCAUCAUCACAGGCAUCCUGCAGACCGUGAUCAGGCUCCUGUACGGCGGCUCCGACCUGCUGGCCGCCGUGUCUGACUCGCGGCUGCACUCGCAGUGGCUGCCUGACAGCGUGCUGUUCGAGAACUACACACUCAACGGCGUGGACUUCAGCCAGCCGCCCGGGCUGGUGGCGGCGCUGGAGGCGCGGGGUGACACGCUGGAGCCCUUCUACGACCAGCUGGGGGACGUGCAGGCCAUCCUGUUGGACGAGCAGCAGCCGCCAGCAGGGGGAGGAGGGGGCGGCGGCGGCGUGGCGGCCACGGCCGUGUCAGACCCGCGCAAGGACGGCGCGCCGGCGGCGGCAGGCUAGGGCCGUACGGCAAAGUGCAGUAGUACGAUGCAGUAGUGCAGUACGACGCUGGAUUAAAACGCGGCGGCGGCUUGAUGGCGGCGGCGGCGGCUGUAUGUUUGGAGGCGGGGCCGAGCGAGCUGUGGGGCGUGUGUGUGUGUGCGGCGGUAGCUAGCUAGCUGCAGCGUGGGACAGCGAGCGAGUAGGGGCGGGGCGGCUGCCCGAAUGGUGCCGCCUGCUGAUGAUCAAUGACAGGAUUCAGGAUGCAUGCAUGCAUGCGUGCAUGGCAGCAGUGCCGGCCUGCUGCUGCUGGCUGCCGGGCAGGGCGUGCGGCGGCGGGGCAGCCCAACUAGACAACGUGACCCAGUGCGCACAAGCAGGGGUUCUAAUCAUGAACGGCUGAUUCAGGCAGCCAGGCGGCAGCAGGCAGGCAAGCUGCGUUUGGCAGAUAGACGUGCGAAUGUGUGCGGCGAGCCGGUUGGGUGCUCUCACAGUAGUUGACUACUUUUACACAACGGGGGGAAGGCUUGCUUUUGGGGGGAGGUGGCAGGUAGGGCGGGGCGGCCGGCGGGCAUGCACACAUUGGUUAUAGCUGCCUUUAGGCGCUGUAUGUAUGUCAGUACCGUAUCUGUUUUGCGGCGGUAGCUAUAGGUGCGGCGGUGUGGAGAUGACAUGCACCGGUACUAGCUUAUUGUCUGGGCAGCGAGCUAGGCUCCCACUGACUUACGUGUGGCGGUGAACGAUUUGGGUAAGGGGGGCAGAAGGGUAAGUUAUCAGCGGGCGGACGAGCGGCUGACGUAGGGACGCGCAGGAGUAGUUUGGGCGGAGUAGGCGCGUGGAGAACGUGGAGGCGGGCGGCGUCACAAUCCGGUCGUACAUGCCACGCCAGCACCAGCGCAUUUCGCUCAGGGCGUAAAGCGCCGCGGUGGAUGAUGGUCUUGUAUUUGCUACGCGGGCUUUAUUAACUAAAUAGCAGGUUGUCUGAACACUUGGUAAACUUGUUCGGGGCGCAGCCCGCCGACCUUACGCUGCACUGAGAGAAAUGACGCACACGCUCAUUGGCUGGGCGGCCAUCUUGGCGCUCGGCAUGAUGCUAAUCAACGAUUUUGCAAUUCUGGGCUCGCAAGGCCGACUGGGCCCUGGUGGACUCGGAGGUGGCGCCAUGCAAGCGAGCGGCGAACCGAAAUCGCUUUUCGAGGUUUUCGCUGGUGAGUAGACUGUGCUCGACAACCACUGUCCAAUAAACUGACG